AUUUCCUUGGCUCAGCUCUCACAGUUGCUCCCUAGCUCAGAACAGUGGCUGCGGAGACCACCUUGAGAAGAGGAUGAUUCUAAACAAAGCUCUAAUUGUCGGGGUCUUCGCCCUGACCACCAUGAUGAGUUCCUGUGGAGGUGAAGACAUCGUGGCUGACCAUGUUGCCUCCUACGGCGUCAAUGUGUACCAGUCUCAUGGUCCUGCUGGCCAGUACACCCAUGAAUUUGACGGCGAUGAACAGUUCUACGUGGACCUGGAGAAGAGAGAGACUGUCUUUUGGGAGCCUGAGAUUGCUAAAGUUGCAGGUUUUGACCCACAAGGUGCCCUGAAUAACAUAGCCAUAUUGAAACACAACUUGGACAUCAUGAUUAGACGUUCCAACUCUACUGCUGCUAUCAAUGAGGUUCCUGAGGUGACCGUACUUCCCAAGUCUCCUGUGGUGCUGGGUCAGCCCAACACCCUCAUCUGUGUAGUGGACAACAUCUUUCCUCCCAUGAUCAACAUCACAUGGCUGAGCAAUGGGCACUUGGUUACAGAAGGCAUUUCUGAGACCAGCUUCCUGUCCAAGAGCGACCACUCCUUCCAAAAGAUUGCUUACCUCACCUUCCUCCCUUCUGCGGACGAUAUUUAUGACUGCAAAGUGGAGCACUGGGGCCUGGACGAGCCUCUCCUGAAACACUGGGAACCUGAGAUUCCAGCCCCAAUGUCAGAAGUGACGGAGACUGUGGUCUGCGCCCUGGGGCUGUCCGUGGGCCUCGUGGGCAUCAUAGUAGGCACCAUCUUCAUCAUCCAAGGCCUGCGCUCAGCUGGUGCCUCCCGACACCCAGGGCCCUUGUGAGUCACACCUUGGAAGGGAAGACACACCGUCCAUCUGCAGAGCAGAAGAGUAGAUGUGCUAGGGCACCUAGAGCUACUUUCUGGCCCAAUUCCCCAUAGUCUUUUUCUCAUCUGAAUAUUCCUCCUCACACUUUGUUUCUGGGGUUAAGAUAUGGUAUCCCUUAUGAUUUCUUAUAUGCCUUUGAGUUCUCUCUCUAAUCUGUUGAGUUUUUUUUCAUUUCUCAAAUAUUACUAGUUAUGAGAUCCAUGGGAUAGUCUGUCCAGCUAUCUAAUCCCUCAGUGACCUUCUUCUGGUUCUCUGUGGAGGCAAUAAAUCAUUUAUAAAUUCCCUAUUGACACUGCACCUAAGAUGAGGUUAUGGAACAGCUGGAAGUCUAUAAGGGUGUUUCUAUUCAUACCACCUGCCUCCAUGGGCUCUAGGAGUAAUCAAAGGAAAGAAGAUGGAAUGUUAAUACAGUAUUUGACAUGGCAUAGUUUGGUGCAAAAAAUUAAUUCCAAAUUGAAGGCUUAGCAUUUUUAACUUUAUAACACUGUAUAUAAACCAUCUAACAUACUGAAUCUUUUUCUUUGAGGGGGUACCGGGGAUUGAACUCCUGUCCUUGCGCUUUCAAGGCAGGCCACCAAACCGCUGAGCUAAAUCCCCGGCCCUAACAUACUGAGUCUUAUUUUUUUUAUCCAAGGUUCGAAAGUCAUAAUACUUUCCUUGCAGAAUUAUUUACAAAAUUGGAA